CGCAGCUGCGCAACAUUGGACCAGGGCAAUAACAAAUUUCCUCAAGUGAAAACGUGAAAAGAAAAACAGCAACGGAGAGAGCAGCGGGAAGACUGGUUGUAUGGCACCUCAGUCGUGCGUAAUGAAUCCUGCGCAGGGAUCACCGCCCUCGGCUGCUCUGGGGGAGACCUCACCAGAGGACCGGGUCGCUGGUGGCAUAGGAACUGACGAGCUGGACCUGUCAUCCACCAGAAGGUGUAAAACCAAAAGUUUAGAUCUACCUUUCAGUGUGGAAUCCCUCAUAUCAGACAGGACGCCGGAAAGAAGCCUCCACUCCCCCGAGCCUGGUUCAGGCUGCGUCCGGACAGAGGAGACCGAGUGUGCGUCACCGAGAGGACUUUAUCGGUCCAAACCAGAGGCGCUGGACCUCAGCGACAAGGAGACGAGCCCCUGGUGUCAGACUCCUCACGCAUCCCCUUCAAGUGACUCCCUAAAUAUACUUCCAGGACUCCCCAGCCCGACUUCGUGCAAUCUACGGAAACACAAGAACAACAGGAAACCCAGAACUCCCUUUACAACCUCUCAGCUGCUUUCCCUGGAGAGGAAGUUCCGACAGAAACAGUACCUCUCCAUCGCAGAGAGAGCAGAGUUCUCCAACUCACUCUGCCUCACAGAGACCCAGGUCAAGAUCUGGUUUCAGAACCGCAGGGCCAAGGCCAAGAGACUGCAGGAGGCCGAGAUGGACAAGUUCAAGCUGGCCGCGAAGCCGCUGCUGCCGGCCUUCGCCUUUCCCUUCCCGCUGAGCGCACCUAUGGGCGCACCGUCCCUCUAUGGGGCCCUGAGCGGACCGCGGCCUGCCUUCCCCGUCCCAGGACUAUUUGGUGGACCAUAUGGGAUGUACUACUUGUCUUAACCCGCGCCAACUUUGAACUGCAUCGUUGGGAAAGAUGCCUUCAUACAGUAAAUAACCAACACUGCAAAAGUGUCCAUUUUAUGAGUCAACCUGUCUGGAACCUUGCAUUGAAUAUAUGUGAAAUAUUUCGGUAUAGUAAAAACAUUAUAUUUUUCACACAAAUGUUGAUUAAACAGAUGGUUUCAUUUUUUAAAUAAUUGAUUCAUUCAGGGACCACGCAGAACAGAAACAAGUUAAAUAUUUCUCUCGAUUGGCAUUUUUUAUUCAUUUUCUAUGAAAAAAUGAUUUAUUUUACAGUCAAUUAUUUGUUCGCAUGGUCAUUUUUGCAGUAUAUUUAGUAAAAUCCUUAAUGAAGGCCACUGGCUGAACUAAGUUUUGAGCCGUUUUAUCCCAAUAGAGGUAUUUCUUGAAUAGUCAAAGUGCUUUUAAUGUCGCCAGAGAUGGAAUGCUUAUUUAUAGGCCUGUAUAGCUUUGGAUAUAAAGUAAUAACUCGAGAUUCAGUUGAGCC